AUGGCUUGCUGGACAUGCGUCGAUCAGGGCACAUUCGGUGUCAUCGCCACGUGCGGUAAAUUCGACCGAUUUGCACCUCCCGGGUGCCACGUGAUUAUUCCUUGCCUCGGCACGGCGAACGUUGGGACCAUCUCCACGAGAAUCCAAUCUUUGGACGUGUCCGUGGAAACGAAGACUCUAGAUAACGUCUUUGUCAACAUCAUCAUCUCGACGCAGUAUCAAGUCUUGCAAGACAAGUCUCGCAUGUUUGACGCGUUUUAUAAAUUGACCGAUUCUAAAGGGCAAAUUCGUUCGUACAUCUUCGACGUCGUCCGUUCGACGGUACCGAGAAUUAAGUUGGACGACGUUUUCACGUCGAAGGAGGAAAUCGCGAUGGAGGUGAAGAACAUGUUGGCGAAAUCGAUGGAGGAGUUUGGGUAUAACAUUAUUUCGACGUUGGUGACGGAUAUCGCGCCGGAUCCUAAGGUAAAGAACGCGAUGAAUGAAAUCAACGCGGCGCAAAGACAAAGAGUUGCCGCGAAGGAUCGCGCGGAAGCGGAGAAGAUUAUGGUGGUGAAAGCUGCCGAGGCGGACGCGGAGUCGAAGUAUUUGAGCGGUACCGGUAUGGCAAGGCAAAGACAGGCAAUCAUCAACGGUUUGAGAGAUUCGGUGGUGAACUUUCAAAAGGAAGUCGAUGGCAUUUCCUCCAAGGACGUGAUGGAAAUGAUGAUGAUGACGCAAUACUUUGACACGAUGAAGGAGGUUGGGACGCAAGGCGGGAACUCGACCAUCUUCGUACCGAGCGGACCGGCGGCGGUGGCGGAUGCGAGCGCCGCCAUUCGCGCCGGCUUGAUGCAAGGCAACGCGGCGGUGGCGGCUAUGCAGCGUUAA